AUGUCCGACGAAGCAGUGCGUUCUGAGAUUCUGGCCGCCACGCCGGCAAUGCGGCUUGUGCCGCGACCGCGAAGGCUUGCCACCCUCUUUUCCACCCUCCUCUACGGCAUCCUCUAUGUCGUCGCACUUGCGAUCAUAUACUCCUGCACCGUCUCCCCCUCGUUCGUUCUCGGUGACAGCAUCCGUUUCUGGUCGAAGCGAAGCCAGCAGCCGGGUGUCGAAGUUCGUCAUCCGGAUCUUCACCAUGUGUUGACCGAUUACGCAUACCAGCAUGCCGGAGGGCGUAUCGCUACCGAGUUUACGUCCCCCACUCUGGACAUGCCUCAUCUGGGAUCUGUUUCGAAGGUUUUAGACCGUUUUUCUGGCUAUGAUCGCCGAAGAUCCAGCGAGACAAAACUUCCAGAGGCGGUCAUCUCCUGCCCUACGCUGCCUGUGGUACCCAGUGGCAUAUCUCUGUUCUACCCCGCCACCCAUACGAUACCCAGCAUCCGCCGUGGGGAGGUUCCCCGAACGAUACGAGUGUGGGGCUUGGCAAACAAUACCUGGAUAGCUCCUCCGCAAUCUGAGGUGCGCCCGUUACACAAGUUCUACCAGCCUGCCGAAACCUCCGAAUACACGCACCGCACUGAGUGGCAAGUUACGGAUCACGCUUUCGUCCUCCUUACGACCUUCGAGCAUCCGAUGCGAAACGUAUCCGGAUACCAUUACCAGCCAUUGACCGAUCUUGGACUUGUGACGAGGAAUAUUGUCGUCGAAGUAAUUGUGCAUGGCACGUAG